AUGUCAUCAGAUUCCAGUAUCAAUCUACUUACAUUUUUUACUAAUCAAAUCACUUUGUAUUGUCCUAUUUUAAUUAUUAUUAUUGGAAAUAUUGGAUGUUUCUGCAAUUUUCUUACUUUUACUUCACCUAAAUUAAUACAAACUUCAUGUUCACUUUAUUUUCUUAGUGCAGCUAUAUUUGAUCUUUUAACUCUUGACUAUGGAGCAUUGACACGAUUACUUAUAGAUCAUUUUGGAUCUAAUUUACAUAAUACUUCUCAAAUUUAUUGUAAAAUACGGCAAUAUCUUAUCACUGUUUUGCCUGCUAUCGCUACAUGUUUUAUUGUUCUAGCAACAAUGGAUCGUUAUUUUUCUACAUCAUCAAAACAAAAAUAUCGUUCAUAUGCUACAAUAAAAUAUGCUAAAUGGAUAGUCUCUUUAUCACUAUUGAUUUGCAUCUUAUCGUAUACACAUUAUAUGAUAUUUUAUGAUUUAAGACCAACAUGUACCUUCCUACCAGGAGUAUAUAGUAUGUUUGUAGUGGUGUAUGCUAUAGUUUGGUCAUCAUUUAUUCCACAUCUUUUAAUGCUUUGUUUCGGUUUUGCUACCCAUGUUCAUAUUCAUAUCAUACGUCGUCGAAUUGCUCCUUCUACUAUUCAACAAAGACGUAAACGACGAACAGAAAUACAACUUGUUACAAUGAUGUUAUUUCAAGUAGGUAUAUCAUCUCUUUUAAUAUUUAUGCGAAUCGCUUAUUAUUCAUACUAUAUAAUUACAACUGGUAGACAGAAAACAGAUUAUGCCGUCGCAAUGGGAAAUUUUUUUUCUCAAUUAACCACACAAUUGUUUUAUUUAAAUUAUGCUAAAUCAUUUUAUAUUUAUACAUUAUCAAGCAAAUAUUUUCGAAAAAUAUUUAAGCGAAGAGUUUUAAAAAUUCUUCAAAAAUUUCUUCCUUAUCCACUGGCUCGUUUAAUUAUAAAUAGACCGAGUCUAAGUGAACAUGGAAGUAUAAAAUUACAUACAAUGCAUGUGAGAACAACUACCGCAUAUCCAUAA